AUGUGUUUCGAUAGCUAUAUUCCACCCAGUGAUCAAACUGUUGCGAAAAGUGCUGGAGACAAAGCUGCGGCGGUUGAUUUUGCCACUUGGGCUAACGGUAAUGAGUACGCAAAAGAACAUUACGCCAUGGCCAUGGAAGUUGGGCACAUAUGCUUGGGUUUACGUCCUGAAUCACACAAAGUUGGACUGGCACUGGUGAAUUCCUUUGAGCAGCGUGCGAAAGGUUUACCACUGACGGAGUGGAGCAUUGUAUCAUCCGCUUGGCACAAUGAUUGGGCAAAAGCUGCAGCAGAAGGCAAAACCCCGCCACCUGUUGAUAACUCAUCUAUCAAAGGGACAAAGGCUGACGAUGGAUGGAGCGGAAAGGUGGCCUGUUUGUCGCUGGAAUCAGCUAAUCUCAAAGCCGACUUAACUCCCAAGGACUACAUUGCUGUUCCUCCUGCCCUUUGGAGGGCAUGGUUGAGAUGGUAUGGAAGCGCGCAGUCGGUGAGCAUCUAA